CUCUCCUAAAACCCCAUUUUCUGAAUUUGGUUAGGAAACAAACAACCAAAUUCAUCAAUGGGUUCCUGUGUUUCAAUCCAGAGAAAUUCCGAUUCCGCUCUGAAAUUCAGACUCUCAAUUGGGUCCAAAACGAAUGAAAUGGUAAUUCCGCCGUCGCCGAUCAAGGAUAACAACGCCCUGAUCAACGGCGGCGCUGGCGGUGUAGGCGGUGUUUUUGUCAAAUCUCAGAGGUCUCCUUCUCAAUUAGGUAGCAAAGAUGAAGCAUUUUUCGAUUCCCGGGGCUGGUUGGAUUCGGAUUGUGAAGAUGAUUUCUAUAGUGUCAAUGGUGAUUUCACCCCUUCGCGAGGAAACACUCCGGUACACCCCAGCUUCUCCUCCAAUACUCCUUGGAUCAACCAAGUUCAUGUCAUCGACAAUCAAACUCCGAUCGCCGUUCCCGAACCAUCACCCACAGGCAAGAAGAAGCUAGCUGAACUAUUCAGGGACAGCUCCAGAAAAGACAGUGACAUACAAGCCAAACCAACUCUAAACGAACUCGCGUUGCAGUCGAAUCCCGAAAAGUCUCAUGUGUCGAGAACAAACUCUGUAUGCAGCAGCAGCGAGAGGACCUCUAAUGGAGAUGUCUGGACUGAGAAGGAACGGCCAGUUGGAUCUGCACAAUGCUGCCUCCCUAGCUUGGGACCAUGUCGUAGCUUUGGCGACCGGAGGAAGAAGGCGCGCCCAGCCAUAGUUGUAUAAAGCAAGGUUCGAUGGUACGUGGCAUACGCUGUAAAUUCCCUCUGAUUCUGGCGCUGUGAGUCUUCAAAACUUAUGGAGCUUACAUUUGUUCAGAAAUGUGUAAAGCUCUGAGAUAUUGGCAAUGGUUAUAUAUAUGUAUAUAUGUAUGUAUAUAUAUAUAUAUAUAAGAAAGGGAAAGAAAGUAAUAGGAUUUUUGUUGGUCUUCCUUCAGCUUAAGUUUGUAUCUUAGUAUGAGGAAUUAUAAUAAACAGCCUUUGUGAUUGUUAAUAAAAGAAAAAAAUAAGUAUUUUAAU